AUGGAAUCUUUGCUAAUAUCCAAUUCAGACAACACAGAAUCAUCUGGCAGUUCAAAUCCAAAUCCGACUAAUCAAUUGAGUUUGGACCAGAGGUUUCAAAUCGUGAGGAGUGUUGGGGAAGAGUGCAUUCAAGAAGAUGAGCUCCUAAAUUUGCUGGCAAAAAAGCCUGAGCCUGUCUGCUAUGAUGGGUUGGAACCCUCUGGUCGCAUGCACAUUGCUCAGGGAGUCAUGAAGACCAUAAAUGUGAACAAGCUCACAUCUGCAGGGUGCAGAGUUAAGAUAUGGAUUGAUGAUUGGUUCGCAAAGCUAAACAAUAAAAUGGGAGGAGAUUUGAAGAAAAUUGAGGAAGUGGGCCGUUAUUUCAUUGAAAUCUGGAAAGCUGCUGGGAUGGAUAUAGACGGAGGAAAGGUAGAGUUUGUGUGGGCAUCAAAGGAGAUUAAUGCAAGAGCUGGUGACUACUGGCCUCUUGCAUUGGAGAUAGCUCCAAAGAACAAAAUAAAUGAUGAAACCGGCCAUCGUCAAAUCAUGGGACGAAGUGAACAAGAUGAAUUAACUGGAGCCCAAAUCUUUUAUCCAUGCAUGCAGUGUGCUGGCGUGUUUAUCCUCAAGGCCGACAUUUGCCAAAUGGGAACGGAUCAGCGUAAAGUGAGCGAACUCACUACAAAGUAUUGUGAUGACGUUAAGGAGAAGAAUAAGCCUAUCAUCUUGUCACAUUAUAUGUUACCUAGCUUACAAAAAGGGCGAGAAAAAAUGUCAAAAAGCGAUCCAUCAUCUUCCAUAUUCAUGGAUGAUGAGGAGGCUGAAGUGAACUUGAAGAUAAAGAAGGCUUAUUGUCCACCAAAGAUUGUGGAAGGAAAUCCGUGCUUGGAGUACAUUAAGAAUCUUAUCAUACCAUCGUUUAAUGAGUUCUUAGUGGAGCGCAGUGCAAAGAAUGGUGGAAAUAAGACAUUUAAGAGCUUUGAGGAGCUUAUUGCUGACUACGAAAGUGGGGGGCUACAUCCAGCUGAUCUUAAACCGGCUUUAGCAAAGUCGUUGAAUAGACUUUUGGAGCCUGUCAGGGAACACUUCAAAAAGGACAAGUAUGCUAAAGAUAUUCUAAAAAGGGUCAAGGUGAGUUUAAAUUUCCAUGGAGUUGUUAUUUAUACUCAAUUUUUAAGUGUUCUCCACAGAUUGAGUUUGGAACAGAGGUUUCAAAUCGUGAGGAGCGUUGGAGAAGAGUGUAUUCAAGAAGAUGAGCUCCUAAAUUUGCUGGCAGGGAAACAUGAGCCUGUUUGCUAUGAUGGGUUUGAACCCUCUGGUCGGAUGCACGUUGCCCAGGGAGUCAUGAAGACUAUAAAUGUGAACAAGCUGACAUCUGCUGGGUGUCGAGUUAAGAUAUGGAUUGCUGAUUGGUUUGCAAAGUUAAAUAAUAAAAUGGGAGGAGAUUUGAAGAAGAUUGAAGUAGUGGGCCGUUACUUGAUUGAAAUUUGGAAAGCUGUUGGGAUGGACAUAGAUGGAGGAAAGGUAGAUUUCAUAUGGGCAUCAAAGGAGAUUAAUGCAAGAGCUCAUGAAUACUGGCCUCUUGUAUGGAAUAUAGCUCAAAAGAACAAUGUUAAAAGGUUAAUCAGGUGUAGUCAAAUCAUGGGACGAAGUGAAAAAGAUGAAUUAACUGUAGGCCAGAUCAUUUAUCCAUGCAUGCAGUGUGCUGACGUAUUUUUUCUCAAGGCCGACGUCUGCCAAAUGGGAACGGAUCAGCGCAAAGUGAAUGUACUCGCUAGAGAGCACUGUGAUCACAUUAAGAGGAAGAACAAGCCUAUCAUCUUGUCACAUCAUAUGUUACCCGGUUUACAGCAAGGGCAAGAGAAAAUGUCAAAAAGUGACCCAUCAUCAUCCAUAUUCAUGGAUGAUGAGGAGGCCGAAGUGAACCUGAAGAUAGAGAAGGCUCAUUGUCCACCAAAAAUUGUGGAAGGAAAUCCGUGCUUGGAGUACAUAAAGUACCUUAUUAUGCCACAAUUUAGUGAGUUCUUAGUGGAGCGCAGUGCAGAGAAUGGUGGAAAUAAGACAUUUAAGAGAUUUGAGGACCUUAUUGCUGACUACGAAAGCGGGGAGCUACAUCCAGCUGAUCUUAAACCAGCUUUAGCAAAGUUGUUGAAUAGAAUUCUGGAGCCUGUCAGGGAACACUUCAAAAAGGACAGUAAUGCUAGAGAUCUUCUAGAAAAGGUCAAGGCUUACAGAGUCACCAGAUGAUCCCAUACGCUAAUUUGGACUCCAACUUCAGUAUAUUUAAUUUUUCAACAGCCACCAAAUUUUGCAUCACCAGAUU